AUGCAUCGACGGGACGAUGCAGAAGACAGUCGCCAGGCUUGCCAGCACCGAGACGGCGACGUUGGCGCCCAGGGCGCCGAACAUGCGCGGCGCGAAGAGCGGGAACGUCGCCGACAGGAUCGACCGCAGGAACGACAGUGCUGCGAACCCGCUGGCCGCGUAGCUCAGGUAGCUGUCAGCCAGGUAGCCGGCCAGCACGGCCUCGAAUUCGUUCAGCGCGUACCCGAUGAAGAUGAGCGCAACGGUCGAUGCCCCCCAGUGCACGCUGACCACGCGUGGCGGGAUCGUCCAGGCGAAGCACCACAGCGCGGCGGCCAGGACGGGCGCUCCGAUCGAGAAGCCCGUCAGUUUGUGUUCCGGCAGCAGGGGCCGGCCCUGGCGCUGACGCUGGGCGAUGAUGUGACGGUCGAGAAUGCGGGUGAAGAGGCUGGACACGAGACCAAUGCCGAUGGCGAUGAAAGGCAGACAGGCGUGCCGGGGCUCGAAGCCGAACGACUCGUAGAUAGGCGGCAGCGCCUCGGUGAAGAGGUAGCCCAGCGCGACGAGGAAUGCGCUCAUGGUCGACACGGUGAAGACGAUGGGCUCGCCGAAGAAGAGGCGGACGGGCCGGAAGAGCGCGACGCGGGCGAAGACCUACCAAUUCAGAUCGGCCGCGAUGUAGGUGCUCAUGAUGGGCCCAACGACCAAGCCCAUGUUAGCGAACAUGCACCAGAGAAAGACGGGCCAGACGCGGUCCUUGGAAUUGUACAUAUCCUCGAUGCUUCCCGCGACGACGAUGGUGGGGAUGGCAGAGAGGAAGCCGGUGGCGAAGCGGCCAAUGACGACGCCGGCGAGAGAGGGCGUGGCGGCGAUGAGCACGCAGAAGACGCUGUACAGGGCGGUGCUGAUGACAUAGAGCUUCUUGCGGCCGAACGCUUCCGAGUAGGGAGGGAACACGAUGCCCCCGAGGGCCUGACCGAGGAGAUAACUAGGCGAAUGAGUGACGAUGUCGAAGAGAGGCAGAGGAUAGACGUACACAGAGACGAACAAAAAGAUGGACAAGGUGGAAGGGAUGCCGAAUUCAGACUGGGCGUUGCUGGCUGCGGAGCUCUAAAAGAUGAUCAUGCCCGUGUCGAAGAUCUUGCGCAGGGGGCGCCAAUUGCGCGGAUGGCGCCUGUUCGAAGAAGACCAGCGGAUGAACUUGCCAUCGGGUGUCCAUUCGAGGCCGAAGUGGUCGAGACAUUGCUGGAGAUGGUCUUGAGAGUCGGUGUGAAGGACUAUCGUCAAUGGCUCUGA